AUGUUUUGCGAAACAUUGGUUCAAUAUUUUCCCUUCACCUCUGAAUAUGAAGAACUUCGCAGGAGUUACAUCGCUAACUGCGUCUUCAAUAAUUUUCUGACCUAUCUCGCCGUUAUGCUAAACAUUGUAACAUUCUAUGCGAUACGAAAAACUCAAUCGUUGCCAAAGACGACAAAGACUUUGCUUUUGAGUCUGGUUGUUUCUGAUGUCGGUGUGGGUCUGUUUGUUCAGCCAUUUUACACUUCACUACUGGUCAGUUGGCUACAACGAAACAGCCCGAGCUGCCUCACUUACCGAAUGUUCAGUAACGUCGGCCUGUUCUUUUCUCAAGCUUCGUUUGCUGGUGUUGUGGCUGUAAGUGUAGACAGGUUCUUAGCUGUUAAUCUUCAUCUCAGAUACAAGGAACUUGUAACCCACAAACGCGUUCUUGCUGUGGUGAUUUCAAUAUGGGUGUUCAGUGCAUUUGUUUCUUUGAUAAUAUUGAGUGGUCUGCGCCUUAUUCAGAUCAUCAUUCAGACCUUUGCUCAAAUAAGUAGCCUUGUUGUGACGACAGUAAUUUAUAUCAAGCUUUAUUUGGUCGUGCGAUAUCAUAAAAAUAGGAUUCAGUUCUUGCAAGCACGCGGUGAGCAGCCUAGGGAAAUAAAAAAUUUAUCGAGUGUCAUAAAAUCUGCGCUCGUUAGCUUUUACGUGUAUGUGGCUUUUUUAUUUUGUUACGCGCCUUAUUGGUUCUCUGUGACGGCCAUACGAUUCUACGGUCCGACGGUGACAUUGAAGAGUUUACAUCUCUUCUCAGUGACUCUAGUUUUUAUGAAUUCGUCUCUAAACCCUGUGAUAUACUGCUGGAAGAUGAGACACAUUCGGUGCGCCGUUGUGAACAUACUUCGGAGCAUGUCUAGGAACAAUGGCGUGGAAAUUAAAUUUAGUACCGAACAGUCGGCAAUGAGCCCUUGUGAUGUCACCAACUGAAGGCUACUUCGUCCGCUUAAAGACUUAUUUUCUCUUAAAUCAGCGCUGAGAGAGCCAGCGAAAUAAAAAGCUUCCUCGAUUUACUAUAAAAAGCUAAAAUAAUAGCAAAGGGCAGAGUAAACCGGCUUUCCAGAGACAAACACAGUUUGCAUGCAGUUUAUCAGGGUUUGUGUUAGGAAAAGU